AUAGAAAUUUGGCAAUCGACUUACGCACCAGGUUACGGUUGCCAUUUGCAUAUCGAUUGUACUUGGGAUUUAGGCCUGGGAGUUUCAUAAAAGUACGUAAAAAAGGGUAAGUUUCAAAGGAGUUCAGCUAGUGAUGGUGAAAAUAGUUCCAGGACUCCGCCAACUGUAUAUAGAACUCGAGUCUUUAAUUUAAAAUAAAACUAUACUUCAAUUUGAUAAUUUCUCUCAUUACAGACAGUUAGGAAUUUAAGUUUUCUAUGUGGAUAAAUACAAGAGAAAUAAAUAUUGGACACCAAUCCAAUAAAACUAAAACAAGUAUUAAAUACAUAAUUUUUUUCCCUUAAAAUAUAGAAAAACUUUUGUUUUGACUCAAGUAAGUAUACGCUUGCCAAACCGUUGCACUCAUUUAAAAUCGAUGAGUGGGUCAGCUAGAUGCACCGAUCUUGGGGCGAACAAACAAAGCAGACUCAUUAAGAUCGGUAGAUUGUGGUGCUUGGGUCGCCCGCGAGUAAUAAAGUAGCAGUGCCGCCAGCGGUGCCCAAGAGCCAAAUGAACGCAGCGAAACGGCUGUGGUGACGAGCUCUUUGAUUGGAACGCCACUUGAUGCGACAUGCAUAUUAAUUAAUUUCUACUGUUACAUUUCGGCGGGUUUUCGGUGGACAUCGCGUCAGUCGGAAUUGGGUAACGGCGAUUUGGGAUAUUACAACAGAAUACAAGACCUGCGACCGAUUGCAAAUCGCUGGGCAGCCGGACGCACUGCCGCCGUGGAGCCCGUGCAGUUGGCCGAAUUUAUUCAAAUCAGUUGAAUUCGGCGCGGGUUAGCGUAUAGGUGUCGUCUCUGUUCGGAUCAUCGAAUCAAUUGCAAUGUGCAAAUACGUCUUAAUUGCUGCACUGGCGGUAAUGUGCUCCGUGGUGGAGGUGCGAGCCACACUGCACGACUUUCCCGGGGUCUUUGACUUCUCCAACGUGGACCUGGUGAACUUCCAGUACUUCAAGAACCUCCCCUCGCAGGAUCCGCGAACUGCUGCCACCGCCAAUCCGUUUUUGGAGCACUUUCAGAAGAAGAAGGCGGUGCUGGACUACUUGGACCGCCUCUUCUUCGGCAACUCGCCGUUCCAGCAACCCAGCGAGAUUCCCUUCGAUCCGCACUUUGGUCGCGCUUAUCGAUCGAACUACGAGCGCAAGUUUGGAUACCGCGGGGAGCGACUGAUCGCCGCUCUGGGUUCCGGUUACUCUGUUCGCCAGCUGAUGCACUUCGGAGCCAUUCCCCAGGAGUACGGCACUCCCCACUAUCCCAGCUGAUUGCGGAUGACAGCAGAAUUUAUUUAAAUAAUUUAUUUAUGAAAUAAAUUUAAGUUACGAACUUUGAA